ACGAAGAGGAUGAUGUGAUCGUUGUGUGAGUAGUACUGCGAAGCUUCCGCCAGAAUAAGGGGGUCUGCACAGCAAGAUUGCGAUCCGGGGUCCUCAUUGCGAGUUAGACCAUCGGAAGGGAACGUUCGCGAAGAUUACCGUCGUCGUCGUAGUCGUCGGGUUAAGAUUAGAUUUCCUUUUCAGGCACAGUGGCAGAGGAAACGGAAAACGACCGUUAUGGAAUAGGCGCGAACCGCUCGGUUGUUUGUCGAGAUAGGAACAAAAGAAAGAAACGUUAGGGAAACUGAUUUUCGGAGUUUUAUGUUAUUUUUUGUUGGAAGUUUCUGUUAUGCAAUGAGUUUUUGAGAGAAGUUUUUUUUAUUUAUUCAAAUCUAUCGCACAAACGCCACAAAAGUCUAUUCAAAAGUUGAAGUGUGUUGAAUUUUCGUUUGUCGUUUCGAAUCAUUUCAAACACCAAAAAGAAAGACAGUCCACUUAGUUGUAAGGAGCCAACCGUUGUUGAAUCGAAUCCAAUCGAUUACGCAAAACCGUUACCAAUGUUUUCCAAGGCGAAACUGAAGAGAUUUAACGACAUCCCAGUCGUUUCCUCUCCGUCGCCGUUUGUUGAACCAAAGGAGAAAGAACCAACGAAAAAAUCUAAAAAGGAAGAUAAAAUCAAACUAGGAAGCAUGGACGCCGAAUCGAUCAAAACCAGUAAAAGUGCACUUAGUCUGUUCCGAACGCCAUCCCUCCCCAAACGACUGAAGUUCAAACACAUUUCGGAUCUCACACCAAAGAAGUCCAAGGAAGCCGCAGCGGAAAAGCUACGUCAACUGGAUCUGGAAUCGCCGGGAGCAAAAACGACCGAGAAGGCAGUGGAUUGCGGCUCAAAGGUUCCACCAAUCGUUCAGCUGUACAACAAAAUCGACGUGAACAAGGAAGCACUGCAGCGCACCCGCGAGGAGAAUGAAGAACUCAAAGCGCGGGUUCAGGAACUGUUGGCUGAGCGUCGGGUCGCGGAGGGUGAACAGUGCGGUGCUCUGGAGGAGAAGGAUCACCAGAUAAUGCUGUUGGAGAGGGAGUUGACCAGUAUUACCAAAGCGGACGAGCUGUUGCAGCACAUUGCCGAAGGAUGUUUGGAAAAGGUGAAGGAGAAUGAGGAAGAGAUCAAACGACUGCAUAAGGAUUACGAACGGCAGUUGGGCGAGGUUUAUGAUUCGAAGAUUGAGUUGGAGCUGAGAUUCGAAAAGUUGGAGGCUAGAUAUAAUGAACUGCAGGAUGAGCUGAUGGUAAAAGAAGGGGAGAACUUUUUGCUGAGCGAGGAGUUGCUGGCAGUGAGAGAAAUUCUGGAAGCACAUGAUGUGGAGUUGCAGAGAAAAGUCGAAGAAAUCAAGGAGAUGGAACAGAGUUUGAAUCAGUUGAUCAAAGAGGGAAAUGAUUUGAAGGAGCAGGUUAACUAUUUCCGCAUACAAUCCGAAGAAGAUAUGAUGAAGUAUGUGGAAGAGAGCCGAGUUACCAUUCGCGAGAUUGAUACGUUCAAGAAAAAGAACGAGGAGUUGUUGGCGCAAUUGACUGAGAAGAAUGCGAUUAUCGAAGAGAUGCAGGAGGAACUCAAUGAGAACCAGUUCGAGAUGGAUGAGAUCAGAGAUGAAGUUCGGAAUGACUUCAACCAGGAAUUGACGACGGUGGUUAAGAAAUAUGAACAACAAUUAGCCACGUUGAACGAAGUCAAUGAAAUGAAAAUUAGGGAAUGUGAGUCUAUUUUUGUACUGGAAAAAUCAAAGAUGAUGAAGGAGCAUGCGGACAAGAUCAAGAACAUGGAUAAGGAUCAUCAACGUGAGAUCGAACGGAUCAGCGAGCAAGCUGAGGAAAAGAUCCGCAUAGGCGAAGUCCAGAACGAAGAACGUAUGAAGGGAUUGGAACUCUCGAUUCAAACUACAGUUGCCAACGCACUGGCGAAUGAGAAGAUGCGUUGGCAGAAGGAACUGGACAAGUGCCAGAAGAUUGCCGAGACGGAGAUCAUGCAGUGCGAGUUUGAGAAGCGCGAUCUCCGGGCUCUUUGGGAGGCUUCGAAUGAGGUGAUCAAAGAACACGAGAAAAAGAUCGCAGAGCUGGAACGAAGAUUGAUUGCAGAGAUGGGUGGCAGCAACAAAACCAAAGAUGAAUACGAGAGCGAACUGAAGGAGCUGAAUAGAGAGAAUGCCAGACUGCAAACGGAGAAGUACAACUAUCAGUUGACGCUGAACAAUACUCGAUCUACAGUGAAUAUUCUGAUGGAGCGAUUGAAGAAAUCGGAUGGAGACGUAGAAACACUCAAGUCAGAACUCGAUUCGGUAACUAAAAGCAAGGCUGAAAUUGAAACUGAGAGCAACAAGCUCAGGGAAGAGAUUGAAGAGUACAAGCGAGUUCUGACAGCGCUGCGAUCGUCUUCCAGCCAACUGGAGAAAGAGAUGCGUGACAAAGAGGAAGUAUUCGAAAAGAUCAUGACUUCAGAGGAAGACGCCAUUCUGACUGUUUCACAGAUAGGAAAGUUGUUCAACGAGAAGAUGGAGGAGAGUAUUUCCCGUUAUUUGGAUAUGUAUGACGAGCUGAAGAAGAAGUAUGAUGCACGUGAAGCCUACAUUCAGGAUAUGAAGACGUUGUUGGAUGAGUUCGCUACAGGAAUCGAGCUGGCUCGAAUCGAACUGGACACGAAGGAUAAGAAGAUUUUUGAGCUGGAGAACGAGAACAAAGACAUCAAGCUGGAAAACAUGACAUUCAGGUUCAAAUGCGAACAGUUUGAAAAAUAUCAGGUGGAAGGACGAGCACCUCUACCAUCACCGGAAAUCCCAUCGAAGAUUGAUGAAGAACAGCAGUUGGUGUCCAGUAUGCUGAUUGAGAAUAUCAUAAAUCAGCUGGAGAAGGUCGAGGAAGACAAGGUGCACAAUAUCAACCAUAUCGAACUGAUUCAAGAGGUGAUUGAGUGUGAUACUGAGAAGGAUGACGCCAGAGUCGGCGAACUGAAUGAGAAGCUCAAGGAAACUGAAGAAAAGCUUCGCAUUGUUGAACAAUUCGCGAAGGAAACAUCAGACAAGUACACUGAACUGUUGGAAAAUCAGAAUAACCGACAGAAGAUGAAGGCCAUAGAAAGCAAUAAGGAUCACCAGCAACUGAAGGCGAAAAUUGCAAAACUUCAAGAGGUCAACAAAAAGCAGGAAAACACCAUCCAGGGACUGCAGCAACAGUUGUCGUGCUUUGAUUCUCCUCAGAAGAUGAACCUAUCCGGGAAGCUGUUUGGCCUCGGUAGUCCCAAAACGCCCAAGAAGCUGAUUGCUUCGCCGUUUCCCGGAAAGGAAAACCGCUCUCCCGUGGUUACACCUGGUACAGUGUAUAGUCCGCGGAGUAACGUACUGCGCCCGAGGAAUAACUAAAGCCCUCGAAUGGGCGGCACAGUGGUGGCGCAGACGACUGCACGAUCAGUUAUGAUUGCAGAACCAAAAACUUAGUUUUACGACGUAACUAUUGUAUUUAUUGCCAAUGUCAGAAUGGAUCAAUAUUCCUAAUUGAGUAAGGUUACAGAGUCAGGUGAUACGCGCGAAAUAUAUGAACGAACGGUUUAUAAAUUAUAAAAAAAAUGAAUGAGCUCAAAAUUUAUAAAAAAAGGAAAUACUUAAUGAAAAUCUAUGGAGUCAAAUAAAGCAACACUCUCGAAAAUAACCUAAUGCAAAUAAACUGAA